AUGAAUGGCAACAACAAUAAUAAUAUAACUACGACAGAAAAGACAGAGACUAAAGGAGGAGGAGAUGACCAACAAACAUUGUUAGCGGCACUGCUUGGUGCCACAAGUGUGGCUAGGGAUGAACAUGAGUUCAGUCAUCGACUGUCCACUUUCAAGGCAACCAUUGCCACUCCUGAAUCACAGAAAAGGAGAGAGUACUACCUGGACAGACAAAAGACAAAGAGAAGAGAUUUACUCAAACAACUACGUACACUAGCAUCAACAACUGAUAAUGAUGACAAAGUCGAACAUAAUGAUGAAGAUUAUGAUGAUUCUGAUCAAUCAAUGUCUGACCAGAAGGGUGUGGAGUCAACAACAUCAACAAGAGACAUUGAUAAUGAUGAUAUAUCAAUGACGACAACAACAACAACAACUGUUGAACAAGAAAAGAUUAGAAAGACACAGAAGAACAUUGAUAGUAAACUAAAGAGACAACAGAAGAAGAAACAACAAGAACUAUCUAUGUACUCUAAUCAUUUGAUGUUGGCCGAACCAAUGAAGGAUGUACCGGAGAGAAUUGAUGUGGAUUGGUUCGCGGUGCCAGCACCACAGGGCAAGCGAUGUCUUGUCGUUUCACAGCGUGACAAGACGGUGGCACGAUCUCCAGAUGGCACUAUCAUAGCUUCAUUCUCAUCCACGCUGCCCUUUGGCUCUACAGCCAGUCGAGAGUCAUGUGGCAACAUCAACAAUCGAUUCUGUGUGUUGGACUGUCUGUUUGAACCGAUAAAGUCAGUCUACUACGUGCUGGACAUACUCUGUUGGAAAGGCAAUGUACUGUGCGAUUGUAAUAGCGAGUUUAGAUUCUUCUGGAAACAAACCAAACUAUCAGAGACUAUGGCACACAAACGAUCACAGAGCAAUCCAAGUCCAUUCAUUGCUCUACCAUAUUAUGAUACAGAUACUCAGUCUUUAAAGCUACUCAAUGAUACACUAAGCGAACAACAACAAGUCAAGGAACUAAUAGAUGAUUCUAGCUACAAUAUUGAAUUCAUACUAUUCUAUCACAAGGAGUCAUUGUACAGCUUUGGAUUGACACCAUUAUUCCUAUCACUAUCGGCACAUCAUCUCCCUACUCUGUUGGCUAGUGUCAUGAACGAUCCAAACAACACAAUAAAGUAA